ACAUGAAUCCCCCCCACAUGCAGAGAGAAGAGAACAAGAACCUCUUCCCUUCUUUCACUACCUUAAUCUUGUAGCGUCCCUGCAAAAUUAAAACUCAGGCAAUCUGUUCCGGGUAUUCGAGUCUCAUGAGGUCCGUUUUGGCUGCGGCCAUCUGCUUCGUCUUGCUCCGGUCGUGCGCUCUCGCGAUCCGGUCCCUCCCCCGUGAGCUGCGCCUUGGUCUCGGCGGCGCGACGGGACGAGCGGGCUCGAGCUGCGACGCUCGUGUGAAGUUCCUGGAGGCCCCCGAGUAUCGGAACGGACCGGGGUGUCGGAAGUCGGACGGAAAUCGAGGCGGCGCGGGCUCGGUCUGCGACCCGUCGCUCUUCCGGAUAGCCAUGACUCUUGAUCUCGAGUACCUGAGGGGCACCGUAGCUGCGGUGCACUCCGUCCUGAAACACACUUCCUGCCCGGAGAACAUCUUCUUCCACUUCGUUGCUUCAGCUUCCGCGAAUCGGGAAACCUUGGCGGGAAUCCUCCGGUCCGCAUUUCCUUCCCUCAGGUUCAAGAUAUACGGCUUCGACGAGGGUUCGGUGCGUCGCAUGAUAUCCUCUUCCGUCCGGCAAGCCCUGGAGAACCCGCUGAACUACGCAAGGUCCUACUUGGCCGACCUACUCGAGCCGUGCGUCGAGCGCGUGAUAUACUUAGACUCGGACGUCAUUCUAGUCGACGACGUCCUGAAACUCUGGACCGUCCCGCUGACCGGGUCGAGAGCGAUCGGAGCGCCCGAGUAUUGCCACGCCAACUUCACCAAGUACUUCUCCGACGAGUUCUGGUCGGACACCGAGCUUCCUAAGGUCUUCGAGGGGAAAAGGCCGUGCUAUUUCAAUACGGGAGUGAUGGUGAUGGAUUUGUUGAGGUGGAGAGAGGGUGAUUACAGGAGGCGGAUCGAGGGAUGGAUGGAGAUUCAGAGGGAGAGGCGGAUCUACGAGCUGGGCUCGCUGCCUCCAUUCUUGCUCGUGUUCGGCGGGGACGUCGAGGCGAUCGAUAGGAGGUGGAAUCAACACGGAUUGGGCGGAGACAACGUGGUGAACAGUUGCAGGACGCUCCAUCCUGGCCCUGUCAGCCUAUUGCAUUGGAGCGGCAAAGGGAAGCCAUGGACAAGGCUUGAUUUAAAGAUGCCUUGUCCUGUGGACUACCUGUGGAUGCCUUAUGAUCUGUACAGUUCGAAGGAUAGCUCUCUCGCAGCACAACAAUUGUGACGGACAUAGACUCUUGUGUUUGCUAUGUUCGGCUCGAGAAUCGAUCGACGAAAUUCUUUCAUUUGUAUGUAUGUGUGUACAAAGAGUUGUAAAACUUAGGAAAUAUACACAGAAGAGGUUGUCUCCCAUUACAACUGGAGAUAAACAAUUUUGGUAUCGCAA